AUGGACUCUCCCAUGGAAUCAGACCUCGAAAAAGGAGACCUCACCAACACCCACGAUGGAAACAUCAGCAUCGACAGUACAGCCUACCAAACCGAAUCCCUCAGCUCCAAGUCCUCAAUACCAUCCUCUCAAGACUAUGAUGCCGAAUACCUAUCUCGAGUCCAAACCGCCCAAUCUCAAUCAUACUACGAACCAGGAUUAGAACGACACCCAACAGCCCUAAGUCGAAUCGCGACUCAACGCAGUCAACAAAAUGCCACUGUAGGCGCAAGUCCCAAACAAGAAUUCAAAGAACUUGAAGCUCUCCCUGAUUUCGGCGCCGGAAAACCCUACCCACCAGCAUUACCAAACAAAGAAGAAUAUGUGGUAGAAUUCGCCGGACCCGAUGACCCUCUCCAUCCACAGAACUGGUCUCUUUGUUACAAGAUAAUAACAGCCAUCAUGCUCUCCUGGACUACAUUCAACGCGACAUUCACAAGUAGUAUCUACUCAACUGCCGCAUCUGCAAUCGCAGCCGAAUUCCAUAUCUCAACUGAAGUUGCUACGUUAGGGUUAUCACUAUACGUACUCGGCUUCGCAACAGGACCAAUAAUCUGGGCUCCAUUAUCCGAAUUACAUGGUCGACGCCUUCCAAUCGUUGUCUCCACAUUUGGGUUUAUGAUCUUCCAGUUCGCCGUUGCGAGCGCAAAAGAUAUUCAGACUCUUAUGCUUUGUCGAUUCUUCGGCGGGUUCUUCGGCGCAUGUCCCGUUGCGGUAGUUGCAGCUGUAUUCAGCGACAUAUUCGAUAAUCGAAUUCGCGGACUAGCAAUUACAGUCUUCGCGAUGACGGUAUUCACGGGUCCGUUAUUCGCAUCCACAGUCGGUGGAUUUAUCGUGGAAAGUAAUCUCGGUUGGCGAUGGACAGAGUACUUAACCGGGAUAAUGGGUGCAUCCGCAUUCAUCAUUGAUGUAGUCUUUCUGCAUGAGACAUACCCUCCUGUUAUCUUAAUCAAGAAAGCCGCUAUUCUUCGACGACGGACGAGGAAUUGGGGGAUUCAUGCGAAACAGGAAGAGAUUGAGGUUAAUUUACAAGAGCUUCUUCAGAAGAAUUUCAGUCGACCGCUUACGAUCCUAUUUACAGAGCCGAUUGUUCUCGCACUCAGUAUCUAUAUGGCGUUUCUGUAUGGGUUACUCUACCUUUUCUUAACGGCAUACCCUAUCGUCUUUCAGGAGAUUCAUGGAUUCGACAAAGGUGUUAGCGGGUUGCCAUAUAUCGGUAUGAUUGUGGGUGAAUUCCUCGGUGGAUUUUUUAUCAUCUUCACUCAGCCAUGGUAUAAUCGGAAACUCGAUGCCAAUAAUGGUGUUCCCAUUCCGGAAUGGCGGUUACCUCCUGCGAUCGUGGGUAGUGUUGCUUUUACUGCGGGAUUAUUUUGGUUUGGAUGGUCCGGGUUUAGGGCUGAUAUUCCCUGGAUUGUACCUACCAUGGCUGGGUUCCUGACUGGAUUCGGCUUACUGUGCAUUUUUAUGCAAGCUUUCAACUAUAUUGUUGAUAGCUAUCUUCUUUUUGCUGCUUCUGCUUUGGCUGCCAACAGUAUCCUACGAUCCUCGGCCGCAGCAGUCUUCCCUCUCUUUGCAAAGUAUAUGUUUAAUUCUCUUGGCGUGAAUUGGGCCAGUACAUUGCUUGCAUGUAUAGCAGCUUUAAUGAUUCCCAUGCCAAUCUUGUUCUAUUUCUACGGUUCAAAACUCCGAGCAAGGAGCAAAUUCGCGACUGAUUACACGCCAAUUGCUCAAGCUCAUACCUUUGAAGCCCGAUGA